AUGUAUGGUGCCAGAAUUUUCCCGUCGAUCGAGCAGAUCGUGAACCGAAGCAUCGUCCGGGCCUUCAGGACCCAAGUCACGCCGCUGCCAAAGCCUCAGAGUGACUUUUCUCACAAGACUGUCAUUGUCACUGGGGCCAGUUCAGGGGUCGGUAAGGCGGCGGCUCAGCAAUUUGCCCGUCUCGGUGCUGCCAAGGUCAUCCUAGCCUGCCGGUCUACCGAGAAGGGUGAGGCCGCUAAGAGGGACAUUGAGUCCGCCGAGGCUGCCGCCGGAGUUGUCGAAGUAUGGCCGCUGGAGCUUGGGUCCUAUGAGAGCAUCAAGGCGUUCUGCUCCCGGGCGGACAAGCUCGACCGUCUUGACGUGUUCGUGGCCAACGCAGGCCUGAUGAGCGCCCAGUGCGAGUAUUACGAGGGCUAUGAACGCCAGACUUUUGUGCAUGUCAUUGCUCCAAUCCUUAUGGUGCUGCUCCUUUUGCCCGUCAUGAGGAGGACAUCGGAGCAGACUCAAAGCCUCCCGCACCAUGUCAUUGUCAGCUCAAACGGCCACAUGUAUACCAAAUUCCUACCAGGAAAGGAGAAGUCCAUCUUCGCCGCGGUUCAGGGCGAUCGGGAUAUGCGUCUACGUUACUACGACACAAAGCUAAUGGAGGUUUUUGCGGUACGCGAAUUAGCAGCGAGGGUGAAGGCAAGUAAGAAGCCCUUGGUUGUUGUUAACAUGGUGGAUCCCGGGUUCUGCCAGAGCGAUCUCAUGCGAGAGAAAGGCUGGGAACUUCCCAUCAGAAUAAUGAUGGGAGUUGCCGAUAAAAUCCUGGCUCGUAGCCCUGAUUCGGGCGCGCGUACGUACACCAUGGCAGCAGAAGCUGGCGAGCAGAGCCACGGCAUGUACCUCGAGGACUGCAGCUUCAGCACUCCCAGUCCCAUGGUGGAUACGGAGGAGGGAAGAGAGCUUCAGAAACGGGUAUGGGACGAGUUGAUGGAGAUUUUAAACGAUACUGCUCCGGGUGCGGUUGGCAAUUUGUAA